UCAUCUGCGUCAAUGAUGUGCAUCUUCGAUGAAAGAGGCAGUCCUUGACCAUGGACGUUGAACUGAACCUGUUCAAAGACUGCAUCCGUUCGCUUUAGUGAUACGACGAUCAGCCGGUCGGAACAUUUUCGCUGCAGCUUCGCAAAUGGAUUACGUCCGACCGUGAUUCAACCGCGGAUUUAUGAGAGGUCUAGAUCACAACUGACUCAGCAUCACCGUUCGAGGAUUAACAAGUUUUGAUACAGUGAUGGAUUUGAACUCGAAACUUCGUGUUUGAUGAAUUACUUUCUCGUCCACGAUAUCAAUCUUGGAUGGCCAAGUCAAUGAUUCCAAGUUUCCUUAUUCGUGGAUUGUUCACCUCAGCAGCGAGACACAACAGGUUCAAGCAGACAAUGAUCUCUUCAAGAGACGAAGCACUGAUCGUAAACCCGAGGAUGAUCUACCCUUCGUCGAACUUCUGGCUAUUUUUCACCGUUGAAUUUUUAAUCGGAGCACUUCUAUCCGCUUUCCUUGCUGUUCUCGUGCUAUUGAAGUCCCUGUUACCGAAACCGCCUCGAGAUUUGACCGGAGAUGUGGUCGUAGUAGCAGGAGCCUCCUCGUCCCUCGGCAAAUCCCUGGCCGAAGAAUUCGCGAAGAAAGGAUGCACCGUGGUUUGUAUGGACAGUGACUCCAGAUCCAUCCAGGAAACAGCUUGCAGAUUGAAAGCAACUCGUCCUAGCGUUGAAGAAAUCACACCUAGACACAGAAAGGACGAUUCCUCGAGGCACGAAUCAAUGAUAUAUGCUUAUCAGUGCGAUUUAAUAGACAGGAAUGAUAUUCGGAGAACUGCAGAGAGGAUCAAGGAAGAUAUUGGAAGGGUUGAUAUCCUGGUUACCUGCGUUGGUAAUCCGAAUCAGGAUAUCUUCGAUGCGACUAGUAGGACUCUGAUGAGCCAUUUUUGGACAGCCAUGGCAUUCGUACCAUUGAUGUUGUAUCGCGAACGAGCUCAUAUCGUUGGCGUAACUCCAGUUGCGUCGAGUCAAGAUGCGUUCCAUGGUUCAAGAGCAGCGAUAGUCAGUCUGAAAGAAAGCCUUUGUCAAGAAUUGGGUAAUUUCAACAGUCAGCUGACGUUCCUGGCAUUCACACCGAUCGUCGAAUCCAGCACUUGGAAGGAAAGCGAAGAACAAGUGGCUCGUAACAUCGUGCGUGCUGUUAGAACGGAUCAGAAUACAUUGAGCACCGGUUGGGUGUCCAGAUUCUUAUACCAAAUAAGCUGUGCUAUUUACUAUGGAAUAACGCUCGUCACGCAAUGGAUCCAUUCCCAGGGAUGCGAUUAUUCUACAUAAGUUUUAUUUAUAAAAUAAAAUCAAUAGAAAAAAGGA